ACCUCACGCAUUUGAAAAAUCAAAUCUUAUUUUUAUAAAAAGUAUUUUUACUACUUUUUAUAAAAUUGAGCCUUUUGGUUUUGCGGCGGUUGUAAUUGUGGUGACGAAAUGGCUUCGCUUCUUGAACCGUCGCUGCUUGAGAAUGGCGGAAAUUUGAAAGGAUCCAGCAAGGAGAUGCGCCAUGGCAGGACGGCGCACAACAUGUCGUCGUCGUCGUUGAGGAAGAAGUCCGACCUCACACUUAUUCAGAAAGUCCAGUGCGGAUUGCUCCGGCAGCUGCUGACUAAUCUCCAGGAGGUCAUUCUAGGGACUAAGCUCUCCAUUCUGUUUCCAGCCAUUCCGUUGGCUAUCGUCGCCAAGUGCCACGGAUUCGGAAGAGCAUGGAUUUUUGUUUUGAGUUUGCUUGGACUCACUCCACUGGCUGAACGUCUCGGCUUUCUUACAGAGCAAAUUGCCUUUUACACCGGCCCAGCAGUGGGAGGGCUGUUGAAUGCGACUUGUGGUAAUGCAACUGAGCUAAUCAUAGCAAUUUUCGCGCUGGCUCAAGGCAAAACAAUCGUACUAAAGUAUUCCCUUUUGGGCUCUGUACUAUCAAACCUGCUUCUGGUUCUUGGGACCUCUCUUUUCUGUGGUGGAAUCGCCAACCUUAGAAACGAACAAAAAUAUGAUAGGAGACAAGCGGAUGUGAACACUCUUAUGCUGCUGUUUGCGCUGUUGUGCCAUAUUCUGCCACUGUUGUUCCGGUAUGCUGUGGCAACAGAUGCUCUGGCAGCAUAUCCAACACUGCAGUUAUCCAGAGCAAGUAGCAUUGUAAUGCUGAUUGCAUACCUUGUUUACCUGGUCUUUCAAUUGUUCACCCACCGGCAGUUGUUUGAAGCUCAGGAGGAAGACGGCAACGAGGAUGAUGUAAUAUCAGAAGAGUCACCAGUGAUAGGAUUUUGGAGUGGAUUUGUUUGGCUAUUUGGCAUGACUGUUGUAGUAUCUUUGCUGUCUGAGUAUGUUGUGGACACAAUUGAGGCUACUUCAGAAUCUUGGGGUGUUUCUGUGAGCUUCAUUAGCAUUAUCUUGCUACCUAUUGUUGGAAAUGCAGCCGAACAUGCAGGAGCCGUCAUAUUUGCUUUCAAGAACAAGCUGGAUAUUUCUUUAGGUGUAGCCUUGGGGUCUGCAACUCAAAUUUCUAUGUUUGUGGUACCACUAACUGUGGUUGUGGCUUGGAUAAUGGGUAUUAAGAUGGAUCUUAACUUCAAUCUCCUUGAGACUGGUUCUCUUGCUCUAUCAAUCAUUGCAACAGCCUUCACUUUACAGGAUGGUACUUCUCACUACAUGAAAGGACUGGUUCUUCUACUCUGUUACAUUGUUAUUGGAGCUUGCUUUUUUGUUUUAAGAACCCCACAAGACCCACUACACUUGGGACACAAUUUAGCUGAGGCAGUCUUCAGAGCCUAAAAAAGAGUCUUCGUCCUUUUUGGUGUUAUUCCUGGAUGACAAAUGUUGCGGAAAUCUUCAAUUUUCACUCAUUUGUUAUUCUUUAAUCUUUCAUUGAAUCCCGGCUACCGCUCGAAAGUCAACAAUCUGCGUGUCCGUAGAAGUCAUGGUGCCUGCAAAGUUAUUUAAAUUACAAGAUAGGUGCAGUGCACAAUUGGAAAGCUUGGUGAAGGCAGGCUCCACAGCUUAUAGCCUUGUAUCAUGAUGUGUAAAUCUCUCAGUCUGUUUCCUUUUUGAAUGAGUUGUGUUUUGUUAUGCUAGUUGAGUCGCUGGUUUGGCGAAUGUGCUCUUGUAAUGCCAUACCACAAUAAUAAAUAAAAUCGUAUCGUUUGGGUUUUGGUUUCUCUUUGGACUAAUCUUUUGCAAC